GAGUUUUUGUCAGAAAGUGAAAAUGGACAGCACAAGCUAAACAUGAUGCUAUCUAAAGGAGAGCUUUUGAGUACUCUGUUGACCAAAGAGAAAGCUAACGGUAUCCAGGCCAAAGUUGCAACUGCAAAAGAAGAUUGGAAAAAUUUUCAUUCAAAUCUCCACCAAAAGGAAUCCGCCCUAGAGAAUCUAAAGAUCCAAAUGAAGGACUUUGAAGUGAGUGCUGAGCCUGUACAGGACUGGCUGAGUAAAACCGAGAAGAUGGUCCAUGAGAGCAGCAAUCGCCUCUACGAUCUGCCGGCCAAGAGGAGAGAGCAGCAGAAGCUGCAGUCUGUCCUUGAGGAAAUACACUGCUACGAGCCUCAGCUCAACAGGCUGAAAGAGAAAGCUCAGCAGCUGUGGGAAGGACAAGCUGCCAGCAAGAGCUUUAUGCACAGAGUGUCGCAGCUGUCUUCUCAGUAUCUAGCGCUAAGCAAUUUAACAAAGGAGAAAGUGUCAAGAAUGGAUAGAAUUGCUGCAGAACACAAUCAGUUCUCUCUCGGGAUUAAAGAAUUGCAAGACUGGAUGACAGAUGCCAUUCACACUCUGGAUUCUUACUGCCACCCGACAUCGGACAAAAGUGUGCUGGACAGCAGGAUGCUCAAGCUUGAGGCUCUAUUAUCAGUGAAACAGGAAAAAGAGAUUCAGAUGAAAAUGGUAGUGACCAGGGGAGAAUCUGUCCUUCAGAAUACCUCUCCCGAAGGCAUUCCUGCUAUUCAGCAGCAACUGCAGAGUGUGAAGGAUAUGUGGGCAGCCCUGCUGUCUGCAGGGAUUCGAUGUAAAAGUCAACUUGAAGGAGCUCUUUCUAAGUGGACAAGUUAUCAGGACGACGUUCGGCAGUUUUCCAGCUGGAUGGACGGCGUGGAAGCCGCCCUGCAUGAGUCUGAAAGGCAGUACGCGGAGCUGCGGGAGAAAACCACCGCCCUCGGCAAGGCCAAG